CAUAAAUGACCUCCCCUCAUAUACGAGCCGUGUGUCUUCCCACAGAGAAAAGCAAAGGCAAUCGUCUCGUUUCUGUGAGCACUAGGGGGAGACAGACACUGUCGCUGGAUACUCAUUCAUCGGCUUUAUUGGGAAAUUGAGUCUGUGAAACCAUUUUAGACACAUCUGAAGGAAAGGGGGGUAAUUGUUCAUUUGCCUGCUGUUGGGAAGUGUCAUUAAAGGGAGGUUAAAAUGGAUCCCAGCCCGUUUGUAUGGGUGUGGGGACUCUUUGAAGGGCAUUUUCUCCAUCCUUAACAGUCAAAUAGGGGUUUUGGGUCGGGUCACCUUCCUCUGUGUGACUAAUCUUGCGCACCACUUGUGCCAAAUCGCCUAAACCAGGCAACGGCCAGUCGGACCCUUGCAGCGUUUUUUUUCCAAGUAGGGUGGGGGUGCCAAGUGCCACUUAUUAGAAACCCCCACCUCGGAGGAUCUUUCGACAAUCGGAUCUCUCGACAACCCUGGCGUUGCUGCCCAGUCAAUCAUCUGCCCACGCCAAGGAUGCACAGCCGCGCGCUGCAAGAUCGCAGAAAUGUUUCCGGCUGUUCAUCACUGCCGCUUCCUUGACUGCUGGAUGUAGACGCCGACGCGCCGCCGACACCAACAACCAACAACCAACCAACCAACACCGCCAUCCGUGCCCCCAACUUUCACCGCGGUCCUUCCCUUUCGCCUUCUCCUUUCAGAUCAAGGGUUAAGGUGUGAUUUUUCUUUUCCUCCCCCCCCCCCCCCCUUACCCAUCGUCUCUCUCACGGGAAGCGCCCGGCGAUCAUUUGCUUGCAGCGCGCAGUAUGCGAGCAGCGGGGCUGGAGGUCGGCGCUGCCUGGGUCUGAUCCCUCAAGACACCGCACGUGCGCGCGUCCUUCUCCUCGGACACAUCUCGGAGACAACCGUGCUUUGGGCUCUCCAGCCGUUUCCUCUUCUGCCGGCAGUGCGAUGUCCACUAGGAGGACAUCGUUGACGGACAAGCAGGCUAAAAACGGCACGUCAAAAUAUGUGUUGGAGAGAUGCGCCUCCAUCAACGAGUACUACGAUAUUGCCUUCAAGGUGAUGCUGCUCGGAGAUUCGGCGGUGGGGAAGACGUGCAUCUUGGUGCGCUUUAAAGACGGGGCUUUUCUGGGAGGCAACUUUAUAGCCACCGUUGGAAUAGACUUUAGGAAUAAAGUGGUGGAUGUGGACAACCUGAAAGUCAAGCUCCAGAUCUGGGAUACAGCCGGCCAAGAGAGAUUCCGCAGCGUAACGCACGCCUACUACAGAGAUGCUCAGGCGUUACUCCUGCUUUAUGAUAUCACCAGCAAGCCAUCCUUUGACAAUAUCAGGGCCUGGCUGACUGAAAUACACGACUAUGCCCAGAAGGAUGUGGUCAUCAUGUUGCUCGGCAACAAGUCAGACAUGACUGCGGAGAGGGUCGUGAAGAGGGAAGAAGGGGAGAGGCUGGCAAAGGAGUACGGAGUUCCAUUUAUGGAGACCAGCGCAAAGACGGGAGUCAACGUGGAGCUGGCUUUCCUCGCCAUAGCAAAGGAGCUGAAACACAGAGUGACACAGCAGCCUAACGACCCCAAGUUCAAGAUUCACGACUACAUCGAGUGCAAGAAGCACAAGUCCAGCUGCUGCGGCCUGGUGUAGCUGAAGCUGGACA